AUGGCCAUAGACUGGCGAAAUCGUGUGAACAUAUUAUCCCUCGGGAUGCUGCUGGUGGUUGCCCUGGCGGCGGAAGGCGUUCGCGUACAGCAACACACGUCCAGAAGAUUCAAAGAUGAAUCGUUCGGACAUGAUCAGACACCGGCCUCCUCGUGGUGGAAUUCACAUCUGACCGAGCCGCCGAGCAAGAACUUUUACCAGGCGACACACGGACUGCUGCAGACGCACCCAUCCGUGCCCAGCCUGAAGCCGGUCGCCGGACCAUCCGCGUUACCCUUGAGCUCCGGUUCCCGCAAGGCGCCGACCGUCUCGUCGCCAUCCCUGAACAGUGGCUUUCCGUCCAUUGCCAACCCGAACCCACGGUCGCCGUUUCGCCAUCUGGACUUUAGCACCAGCGCGACGGCCGAACUACGGCGCAAUCCCAGUCUCUCGGCCCCGGACGAGUGUGCGCGCGCCUGUCGCGAGGGAGAACCACCAAGGAUUUGCUACUACCAUUACACCGUUGAGUACUACACCGUACUUGGAGCAGCCUGCCAGGUUUGCACACCGAACGCUACCAACACCGUCUGGAGCCACUGUCAGUGCGUUCUGGCCGACGGUGUCGAGCGUGGUAUCCUCACCGUGAACCGUAUGAUCCCCGGACCGUCCAUCCAGGUGUGCGAGAACGAUCGCGUUGUGAUCGACGUCGAGAACCACAUGGAGGGUAUGGAGUUGACGAUUCACUGGCACGGUAUCUGGCAGCGUGGCACCCAGUACUACGACGGUGUUCCAUUCGUCACGCAGUGUCCAAUCCAGCAGGGCAACACGUUCCGUUACCAAUGGACAGGAAAUGCGGGCACCCACUUCUGGCAUGCACAUACCGGUCUGCAGAAGCUGGACGGUCUGUACGGCAGUAUCGUCGUGCGUCAGCCACCGUCGCGCGAUCCCAACUCGCACCUGUACGAUUUCGAUCUGACCACGCACAUUAUGCUGGUGAGCGAUUGGCUGCACGAGGACGCCGCUGAGCGUUAUCCGGGCCGUCUGGCUGUCAACACCGGUCAGGAUCCCGAGUCGUUGCUGAUCAACGGUAAGGGUCAGUUCCGCGAUCCGAACACCGGCUUCAUGACCAACACACCGCUGGAGAUCUUCACCAUCACGCCCGGACGUCGGUAUCGCUUCCGCAUGAUCAACGCCUUUGCCUCCGUCUGUCCGGCCCAGGUUACCAUCGAGGGACACGCACUCACGGUCAUCGCUACCGACGGUGAACCGGUACAUCCGGUGCAAGUGAACACCAUUAUUUCCUUCUCAGGAGAACGUUACGAUUUCGUCAUCACCGCUGACCAACCGGUCGGUGCGUACUGGAUCCAGCUCCGAGGACUCGGCGAAUGCGGUAUCAAGCGGGCACAGCAGUUGGCCAUCCUUCGGUAUGCUCGCGGACCGUACCAACCAGCCUCACCGCCACCAACGUACGAUGUCGGUCUUCCGCAGGGCGUUGUCCUGAACCCGCUCGAUGCCGUCUGCAACGUGCCCCGGCCGGAUGCGGUCUGCGUGAGCAAUCUGCGAAAUGCGAAGAAAGCCGACAAGGCGGUACUUUCCGAACGGCCCGACGUUAAGAUUUUCCUCCCAUUCCGGUUCUACUUCUAUCGCGUCGAGGAACUGUUCACACCGAACACGUACAACAAAUUUUUGGUUGCCCCCGGUGGAGAUCAUUUAAUUUCGCUGAUCGAUGAAAUCUCGUACGUAUCGCCACCGUCUCCGAUGCUGUCGCAGAUCAAUGAUAUUCCGCCGGAACAGUUCUGUAACGGUGAUAACCGCCCACCAGACUGCGGUCCGAACUGUAUGUGCACGCACAAGGUCGACAUCCCGCUCAAUGCCAUCGUGGAGGUAGUGCUCGUAGAUGAAGUACAACAAGAAAACUUGAGCCAUCCGUUCCAUCUGCACGGUCAUGCCUUCCACGUGAUCGGUAUGGGCCGUUCGCCGGACAGUACGGUGAAGAAGAUUAAUCUGCGCCACACGCUCGAUCUGGAUCGACGAGGUCUGCUGAAUCGACAGUUCAAUCUGCCACCGCUGAAGGACACGAUCGCCGUCCCGAACAAUGGUUACGUUGUGUUACGAUUCCGGGCAGAUAAUCCCGGAUACUGGCUGUUCCAUUGUCACUUCCAGUUCCACAUAGUGAUCGGAAUGAACCUGGUGGUGCACAUCGGUACCCAUGCCGACCUACCGCCAGUGCCGCCGAACUUCCCACGAUGUGGCAACCACAUACCUCCUAUAAAGUUUAACUAG